AUGCCUUUUAACACCGAACUUACGAGGGCCCUUGGCAUCAGAGUGCCCGUUGUGCAGGGAGGUAUGCAAUGGGUGGGAUACGCUGAGCUUGCUUCGGCUGUCAGCAACGCAGGUGGUCUUGGGAUAUUGACCGCCCUCACCCAACCGACCCCCGAAGACCUUCGCAAGGAGAUCCGGAGAUGCCGAACCAUGACUAACAAGCCUUUUGGCGUCAACCUGACCCUCCUUCCCGCCAUGGUUCCUCCGGACUAUGGCGCGUACGCCCGUGUCAUCAUCGAGGAGAAGGUCAACAUCGUCGAGACGGCAGGAAACAGCCCUGGCCCAGUUAUCAGGCAACUGAAAGCUGCUGGCACAAUCAUCCUACACAAGUGCACUACCAUCAGGCACGCACAGUCUGCUGUCAAGCUUGGUGUUGACUUCCUAUCCAUUGACGGCUUCGAGUGCGCCGGCCACGUUGGCGAGACGGACAUUACCAACUUCAUUCUGCUCAGCAGAGCCCGCCAGUCGCUCGGCGUACCGUUCAUCGCUUCAGGAGGCUUUGCCGAUGGUCAGGGUUUGGCUGCCGCGCUUGCCCUCGGCGCGUGCGGUAUCAACAUGGGCACCCGAUUCAUGUGUACCGUUGAGGCUCCUAUCCACCAGAACAUCAAGCAAGCCAUCGUAGAUGCUCAGGAAACAGACACUACUUUGGUGCUUCGACGAUGGAAGAACACCUCCCGUUUGUUCGCCAACAAGGUUGCUCUGCAGGCUGUCAAUGUUGAGAAGACCAGCCCAACGGGCAAGUUCGAGGAGGUAGCCGAGUUUGUGAGCGGCAAGCGUGGCCGACAGGUCUUCCUGAAUGGUGACAAGGACUUUGGUGUCUGGACUGCUGGUCAAGUCAUUGGACUGAUCCACGAUAUCCCCACCAACGAGGAGCUUAUUAGCCGCAUUGAGCGGGAAGCCAUCGAGACGAUGAAGAAGUCACAAUCGCUUUUUGUUUCUGAGGAUGCUUCGGUUGCCAAGAGCAAGUUGUAG